AUGGUGGAGCGCGGAGACGCGGCGCCGCUGCUGCGCUGGGCCGAGGGCCCCGCCGUCUCCCCGCCGCGGGCCCCGGUCCCGCAGGCUGGAGGCCGGGGCUGGGGCGGCGGUGGGGGCGGCUGGGCGGCCGCGGAGCCGCCGAGGAGGCGGGAGCCCGAGGAGCUGCGGCAACCCGGGCGCCUCGAGCUGGGCGACGUGGAGGAGGACCAGGUGGUGGCCGUGUUCGUGGUCACCUUCGAUCCCCGCUCGGGAAACAUGGUGGAAUGGUGCUUACCCCAAGAUAUUGACCUUGAAGGUGUGGAGUUCAAGUCUAUGGCCAGCGGAUCCCAUAAAAUUCAGUCUGAUUUCAUCUAUUUCCGGAAGGGGCCCUUCUUCGGCCUGGCCUGCUUCGCCAACAUGCCGGUGGAAAGCGAGCUGGAGCGUGGCGCCCGAAUGAAGUCUGUGGGCAUCCUGUCUCCAUCCUACACCCUGCUGUACCGGCACAUGCACUUCCUGGAGAACCAAGUUCGACACCAGCUGGAGACCCCGGGUCAUUACUCUCACCUGGCUGCCUUCUAUGAGGACAAGAAGGGGGUGCUCCACGCCGGUCCGGGGAGAGGUGGCGGCCUGCCCCCCGUCUACUGGCUGCCUUCCAUCCACCGAUACAUGUACCCCGAGAUGAAGAUUACACACCCAGCUGGCUGCAUGUCCCAGUUUAUUAAGUUCUUUGGCGAACAGAUCCUCAUCCUUUGGAAAUUUGCCUUACUUCGAAAGCGCAUUUUGAUAUUUUCUCCCCCUCCAGUGGGCGUUGUAUGCUAUAGAGUGUACUGCUGCUGCUGCCUGGCCAACGUCUCCCUGCCUGGCAUCGGGGGCACCGUGCCCGAGUCCAAGCCUUUCUUCUACGUGAACGUGGCCGACAUCGAGAGCCUGGAGGUAGAGGUGUCUUACGUAGCCUGCACCACGGAGAAGAUCUUCGAGGAGAAGCGGGAACUCUACGACGUCUACGUGGACAACCAGAACGUGAAGACGCACCACGACCACUUGCAGCCGCUGCUGAAGAUCAACAGCGCCGACCGGGAGAAGUACCGGCGGCUCAAUGAGCAGAGGCAGAUGCUGUUAUAUUCCCAGGAGGUGGAAGAAGACUAUAACCCUUGUGAAGAGGACCUCUUUGUGCUGUUUUUCCUUGAGCAAAACAACCGGAUAUUUCAGACUUUGUUGGAGGUGUCCGCCAGUCAAGACAAGACUCUGACAGCUGAGCAUGCUCGGGGCAUGGGUUUAGACCCCCAAGGAGACCGGAGUUUUCUUAUGGACCUGCUGGAGGCCUACGGCAUCGAUGUUAUGUUGGUCAUUGACAACCCCUGUUGCCCAUAGGAAGGAUGCGCCGCUAUCACGCGGGGAUGGCCUGAUUUCUAAUUGACACACAGGAGUAUUUAUACUUCCAACAAAUGUAAUUUUUGCAUCUCCUUUCUUCCCUUCUUCCCAAGAGGUAAGAUGAGAGUGCUUUGAUUUUGGAGGUCGUUGGAA